GCCCGAUUGGGGUGCGUUUUACGGGGUGGUUUUCCGAAUCGGGCCGGCCGUACGAUCGCGAUUACGCCUGUGAGAUUUUAACAUUUUUUUCCACUGAUGAUGGAUCGAGUCGAUGGAAGCGAAGUCAACACUCCAGUGAAACUUUCAUCAUCGUUACCAUGAACGCUCUUUAAAAAGUUCGUUUUAUUCCACAUAAAAAGGAACCAAGCGAGAUGCAACGUCCGCUAUCUAGAGCAGCCGCUUCAGAGGAAGAAGCUUCCGUUCUCAAUACCCUGGAGGCGACGUUGUCGUGCUUGUGGAUUUUGACGCCUCUGUCGGCCACUUUGUCGUUGGUACUGGUGGUGACCGGUCUGGGUACCAACCAAUGGUUGCACACCAGCGAGAAGAUGCCGAAUCCCGCUUACAAUGGUACCGGGGAGAAGGAGUACCUGCCCAAGUUGACGGUGUCCGGAUUGUGGACCUUCUGCUACACGAACCCUGGUGAAAGCACUUACCAAUGCAGCCCUAUUGAGUAUUUCUCCGAGGAAGCGUACAGUCCUGAUCCGAACGAUUCCACUCUAGCUAUUCCAUAUGCCGUUUCGAAAUCGAUAGUGUUCAUCUUCAUGGGCAGCGCAUUCGUGGUAAUCGGUUAUAUCAUUUGCAUUCUCGGCCAAUGCUUGAAUACGACGGCCAAAUUCACCCUAAUAUCGGGCAUAAUUUUUAUACAGACAGGACUGGCAAUGCUGUGCGGUCUAAUAAUGUACAUAGCAGUAUUCAAGUCGGAAGUGGGCAGUAAACUUCGUCCGCGAUCCCAAAUCCAGCCGGCUUCGUUCGAUUACUUCUACGGGUUCUCCUUCAUCACCUACGUGACGGGCGUGGUGUGCACCAAAUUCACCGGAGUAUUCUGCGUGUUCCUGUUCAUCAACAAAACCCAAUACGACUGGAAGAGGAAGUGGAUAAUCGAAGCGCCGCCCGUCGUGGAGACCUACUCGAACUACAAGGAACAACAGAGGGCGGCGAAUCCCUGCAGGAUGCACCCCGACGCCUACGUGGACUCGAACAACACGGUUCUCUAUCCCAUCAUAACGAAUCACAACCACAUAAACGCCGUGAGUUACCCGUCGAGCCAUUCGAAGACGUUGCCGUGCAACGUGCACGCCGCCUCGCAGUCGAACUCGAACUCCCUGAAGGACGUCUCCUACUUCCCGGACGUGUUCUCCCCGUCGAGCAUAUCCUACCGGUUCCCGCACCACCUGAGCACCAACAACAUCGACAAGUUCAGCACGUUCCAGCGUGAGGCGAGCGCCUUCCCGCGCGAUCCGACCACCAACACCGUCAGCACGACGGCGGACGUCGUCUGCGAGUACGCCGAGGACUACUCGCCGACGAUGCACGAGCAGGAGUUCGCCCGGUUCGACCUGGACCAGCCGUUCGACCUGCGGCAGGCGCCGAGCGUCGCCAGCUUGAGCUACAAGGAGCGGUUAAGUUGCCAAAGUGAUACGUUGAGGAGAACUACGCCGGUGUGAGGGGCUCGCUCGGGCUCGAGCCGUACUUGAGGUUAUUUUUCGUGCAUGGGGUGUCGAAUGCCGUCGUUUUUAUUGGUAUUGAUGGCUGAUAUGAUUAAUGUUUCGUGCGGCUUGUUUGGAAUUAUCGAUUGGCGCGAUGCGUGCAGCGUUUUCUGGGUAAAUAGAUGCAGGACGGGGAAAGAAGUCCUGCGAAUUUGGGGAAUUGCGGUUGAUGUUUGCUCAAUGUAGUAAUGGGAGAAGUUAAUGAUAUUGUUAAGUAUAAGAGAUAAUUUAGAUGGAAUUAAAGUUAAAGGUAAUUUAAAAUAGUGUUUGAUGUCUCGGAGAAUAUUGCACGAUAGCGAAAUAACAAAAAGGUACCUAAUUUUUCCUAUCAAUAAACGACUGAAUUUUCUAAUUUUCGAUUAAAGAGCGUUUUUCAUGUCAGUCGUCGAUAUAAUAUUUGUAUUAAAUUUUAUGUAUAUAAUAUAUAUCGUUAAUCAUAAAACUCAUU